AUGACAGACGACACUGCAGCCCCCGAGGCAGUUCCUCAGUUUGGGUUCAAAAAAAGAGCCAGAGGCAAAGCCAGCUUUCGCAAGAAACCGACGACGCCGCCACCAGCCUCCGACUCCGGUUCAGAUUUCACCUCCUCGGACGAUGAAGAUGGACAGCGCAUCAAAAGACGCCGAAAGAAUGUGGCCGUCACUGCUUCUUCUGCAGCAAAUGCGACCCGGGGAGAUCCAGCGGGCGAUCAACCCACGAGCACCGGCCCGGCGCCUCUUUCUACAAACAACGAUGCCACCAAGUCUUCCAACUGGUAUGAUGAAGACUUGAGCGCAAAGAAUCUGCUGGGAUCAACGCGCGCUCAAGCUUCGACGACAACUGGGCCUGAUGGGACCUAUAAAGGAUCUGCCAAUUAUUCGAACUUUAUCCAAAAGAACCCAGAUGCACCCACAAAACAAUUUGGCCCCAUGAAAGCGCCCACCAAUGUGCGCACGGUGACAGUUAUGGACUUUGCCCCCGAUGUGUGCAAAGACUGGAAACAGACGGGAUGGUGUGGAUUCGGUGAUUCUUGCAAAUUCUUACACGCCCGAGAAGACUACAAGCAAGGCUGGGAAUUAGACCGGGACUGGGAAAUCGGGACCAACGGCAAGAAGCUGAGUGGACGGGUGGUCUCGCAACGGAAAGGUGCUCGUAAAACCGCCGAGGACGACGAAGACGAGGAUGACGACGAACUCUUGGACAGCAUUCCCUUUGCCUGCAUUAUCUGUCGCAAGCCCUACCAGAACCCCAUCAUCACCAAGUGCGGUCACUACUUCUGCGAGUCUUGUGCGCUUCAGCGAUAUCGAAAGAAUCCCUCUUGUGCGGCGUGCGGGGCUGGUACCGGAGGUGUAUUCAAUACAGCGAAGAAGCUGAAUACUCUGCUCGAGAAGAAGCGGGAGAAGGCGCGCAAGGAACGGGAGCAAGCCAUUGAGAAUGGUGAAGAAGUGAGCGAGGAGGAGGGAGACGAUGGGGAAGGCGAAGAAUGA